AUGGGAGUACCUACAAAAGCCGAGACACAAGCAGCUUUUCCUAGCGAGGUGUGUCCACCAUCACCUGCAUCUUCAUCCAAUGCUGUGCCUGCCGAUGCGCCGCCGCCUAUGCCUCCGCCGCCCUACUUCAAGACGCAAUUUGUCAAUCCCAGCUCUUUCAAGUCCGCCGUCAAUAGCAAAGUCGAUAAACCUGUGGUCUCGCUGUUCCGACUGAGCGUACGGAUACUCCAACUCAUCUUCGCCUUGGCCUCGGGCAUCUCCUAUGCGAUCGAGCUGUCACACGGCAACGGACGCGGAGAUGCAUCAGCAAGUUUCGUAUUCUCACAGGUCACAUUCGGCGCCACACUCAUUACUCUCAUCAUCAACGGUGCGACUGUGCGAUACUAUCGUGUCUCUUGGAUCGUCGACUGGAUCUUGACGGUGUUCUGGUUUGCGCUCUUCGCGGUCUUCUACGAGGUAUACUUAGGAGGUGAGAUGGAACCAGAUUUUCAUAGGGUGGAUGGAGGACGAAUGGAGAGGGCAAUUUGGUGCGAUCUAAUUAAUGCGCUGCUUUGGGCAGGGAGCGCGGUAUUCUCGUCAGCAAUGUGCUGUUCAGGCAUCAAGGCUUCUAUGAAACGAAAGCUCAAUAACAGACGAAAAAGGAAAGAGAGGAAGGCAAUGGUGGGGACAAUAGGAGAGAUGGAGAUGGGAACAAUCCAGGAGUGA